CUGGUGCACGUCGCCAACGAGACCAGAUCUGUGCUGCCCUUCAUCCUGAAGGACCUUCCAGGCUUCAAAGCCGAAAAGUCUGAGAUUAUAUCGCUAGACACGAACCCGCCUUUGAAGCAACAAGACUGUCCGCAACACGACAAGGCCACCGUCAAAGUGAUCAAUGAGGACUCCUUCAACGCAGCUAUCAUGAUGAUGGACACAACAUCUGCUGUAUCCGCGCCCCCUGGCGCCAGUACCGUCACCAAAUCUCCUAUGACAUACUCCAGACCCGCUGUCCUCAAUCUCGCAUCCGAUAAGUCCCCCGGCGGCGGCUGGUUAAAUGGCGCCAUGGCCCAAGAAGAAGCGCUCUGCUACCGCUCGUCUCUUUCUCUUAGCCUACACAAGCACUAUUAUCCCUGGGAUGCUGACCAGGGUGUCUAUACACAUGAUGUGGUUAUCAUCCGGAGCUCCGCGUCUGAGGAUCACAAGCUUCUGGCGCCCGACAUCCCAGCUGCCGACCUCCCCGUGGUGAGCGUGGUCAGCAUCGCGGCCGUUCGUUGCCCGAAGGUCUCCGAAGUACAGUCUCUGGCGGGCGACAAGAGGAAGGUCUUCGCCGACAGUGAGGACAGGGAUUUGACCAAGAGGAAGAUGAGGCUAGGGCUACGGGUGGCGGCGGCGAAAGGCCACGAUUGUCUCGUACUUGGUGCGCUAGGAUGCGGGGCUUUCAGGAAUCCUGUAGAGGAAGUAGCAGAUGCCUGGAAGGAAGUACUGGAGGAGACGGAGUUUGCGGGCGGUUGGUGGAGGGAGAUUUGGUUUGCUGUGUUCGAUCAGAAAAACGAAGGCAAUUAUGAGGUCUUCGAAAAAGUGCUCGGUGGGCUGCAGGUAUAG